AAAAAGGCCUAACAAACCCGUAAAGAAUGGAGUUAAAGAGAAUUCAAAUUUCCCGCGAUUUCAUGAAAACCAUCCGCGACGCCGGAAAUCCGAGGGGCUAGAAAGAGGGGAUGAAGCGGUGAACGCGUGAAGCUCGAUGUUUUGCCCAAUAGUUCGACCAGUGGUGCAGUGCUCUCAAAAAAGAGUAAAAAAACGAAAAGCCGAAAAAAAAAGAAAAUAUGAGAAGAAUUCCAGUGCGAUAAUCCACGAGUCGGCCCACAAAAUCACCGGCCAAUAAUGUAUCUGGAAUUGAUCGUGAAGAAGAGUAUGAAGUGCAAGAGACACUGGUUGCGGUAAUAGCAAAAGUAAUAACGGAUGGAAUCGCUCGAUUAAUCCGUCAGAGACUCUUUGUCAUGGACAUGCAGGCACCGAACGGAAUGAAUGUUUGUGUGAAUCCAGUGUACGCCUCCAUCCCUGGUAUUCCCGAACUGGGAAUGGUAUGGAUGGGUGACAUGAUGGUCCAUGGUGAACCUAGUCACGAGCUAAUGCUGGAUCCACGACAGGCUGAGAGUCCAUAUUUCACUCAUGGAUCCCAUGCAUUUGAUAAUAUUAGAAAUCAUCAAAUGGCACAGACAACAAUGGUCAGAUAUAUGCCACAGCAAUUUACUAAUGAUUGCUCGGAAACUGAAGAAACCAUGGAGCCUCCUGAUGGACAAGACAUGCAUCAGGAGUACGAACCCCAGCAAGAUAAUCCAGAAAUGAGUGAGUACCUCACCCUGGACGAUUACAUCGAGGAAGAGCAGAUGGAAAUGGUAGUGAACAACGCAGCAACCCAGACAACCCAAUGCUGUAGAAAUCGUAAAAUCAAGCCAAUAAAGCAUCCAAACCUAGUGCUGAAGACCCCAAUAGCUUACCAGCCCCACACAGAUCUCAAUUUCAUUCCAAUCCGCAAAGACGGCAUCGCAGUAUGUGAAAAAUGUGGUGCAAUAGGUGUGAAGCACGCAUUUUACACAAAAGAGCGUAGAUUUUGCAGUCGUGCAUGUGCCAGAUCGUCAGAGCACAACAGCACCAACGCAGACUCAACGAGAAGUCCAUCACACACAUCAGACACAUCGACGAGCUCAGAUCCACCAGCAGAGACACCAAAUCCUCCAAAGCCAUUGAUAAAAGAGACAAAACCCAAGAGAAGCGACGAGGAGGACUCAACAAUCUCCAACGACUGCAUUAAACGUGAAAACGAGAUGGAGGAAGUGGUUAAUGAGCCAGUGAUGCCUGAUGAGCUUCCAGUGAGACGAAAAAGAACAGCUGACAUGGCUGGCAGCUACGACUGGACUCCCCAGCUCACUGAGCCAGGAUUCUGUGCUGCACCAGUCUCUUGCUUCAAGCACGCACCAAUAUCAGAGAUAUGGGACAACAUAACAGUGGGAAUGAAAGUCGAAGUGGAGAAUACUGACUGCGACGAAGUGUGCGAGGCAUUUCCCGACUCAUUCUGGGUUGCAACAGUUCUCAGGAUCUCGGGUUAUCGUGCUCUACUGAGGUACGAGGGCUUUGGCCACAACUCAGAGAAGGACUUCUGGGUAUCCUUGUGCUCCAAUGAUAUUCACCCAGUGGGAUGGUGUGCCACGAUUGGCAAACCACUCAUACCACCAAACUCAAUAUCCAACAAGUACAAAGACUGGAAGGACUUCCUCAUGAGACGACUCACAGGUGCUAGAACACUUCCAACAAAUUUCUACAACAAAGUCAAUGACAGUAUGAAAUCGAGAUUUAGGUGUGGCCAGCAUCUGGAGGUUGUAGAUAAGAAUCGAAUAUCGCAGGUUAAAGUGGCGACAAUUUAUAAAAUCGUGGGUAAACGUCUUCAUGUGAGAUAUUACGAUUCAUCCCCAGAGGACAAUGGAUUCUGGUGUCACGAGGAUUCACCUCUGAUUCAUCCAGUGGGAUGGGCUAAACGAGUGGGUCAGUCACUGGAUGCUUAUCCUGAAUAUCUGGAGAGAAUUGAUACUGGGAGGCUGUCUCAGGAUGAUGCCACUGAGGGCCUCUUUCAUGUGCCAAAGAAUCAUCAUCUCGCACUGGGGUACACGUUCAGGGAGGGAAUGAAGAUAGAGGCAAUUGAUCCACUCAAUUUAUCAGCCAUUUGUGCUGCUACUAUCAUGCAAGUGCUCAAGGAGGAUUAUAUCAUGAUAAGAAUUGAUAGUUAUGAUGAGGACACCAGUGGUGCUGAUUGGUUCUGCUACAAUGUCAGUUCACCUUGUAUUUUUCCUAUUGGUUUUUGUGCACAGCAUGGGCUACCUCUGACUCCACCCAAGGGCUAUGAUCCCACAGCAUUCACCUGGGACAGUUAUCUCAGUGAAUCCAAUACAAUUCCAGCUCCUGUACAGUUGUUCAAUCGAGAUGUACCUCAGCAUGGAUUCGUGGAGGGGAUGAGGCUUGAGGCUGCUGAUCUCAUGGAUCCCAGGCUUGUCUGUGUUGCCACGAUCACGAGGGUCAUUGGAAGACUCCUCAGGGUGCAUUUUGAUGGAUGGGAGGACGAGUAUGAUCAGUGGCUUGAUUGCCAGAGUCCUGACAUAUAUCCUGUUGGAUGGUGUGAUCUUGUUGAUCACAAACUCGAGGCACCCAGGAUAAUCGUUAAGAGUGCUAUUAAGAGUCCAAGUGUUAAGAGCCCUAGGGGACUCAAGCGUAAGGCUAAGAGGAAAGUCAGAAAGGGAAAGGUUGUGGGGAAGAAUAUUCUCAGGCACAGUGAGAGACUUGGGGGACUCAGGGGUAGGGGUAGGGCUGCCAGGGAGUCCGGGGAGGAACUUCUGCAGGUGGAACCCCCGAUUGCCACCAAGAUCGAGAGGAGGGAUGUCGAGAGUCUUCCUCAGGAGGUCAAACGUGAACCUGAACCUGCUGAGGAACCUGGGGGGCCUGAUCAGAUGUUGCCUAGUCCCACCAGUGGACAGGGGGCUGGUGAGGUCGACAAGGAGGUGCCCAAGAAGGAGAGGACUGCUACUUCUUAUAUUAAUGUGAAUACAACAAGUGGAAAAUACAUUCCCAGAAUAGCGGAUGGUUGGCACAGAAAUACCGAAAAUGGUGACUUAGUACCGAACGAGUGGAAUGUAUUCGAUGUUGCCCAGUUUUUACGUGUCAAUGAUUGUGCAACGUACUGUGACAAUUUUAGCAAGCGUAAAAUUGACGGUAAAACAUUACUCACAUUAACUAAGGACCAAAUCAUAGAUCUAACAGGCUUCAAGGUUGGCCCAUCAUUGAAAAUAUUCGAUCUGAUACAACAGUUGAAAAUCAAAGUUAAUCCAGCUCAGGAAAGGUUAAAACUAGGACUGAAAAAAAUAUUAUAACAAAGAUAGAACAUUUAGAAUAGUUUUCAUUUUGGGUACUUUUCGAUUAUUCGUCGUGGAAUUAUCCAUUUUUUUUUUACGUAGGAUAGACAUCAUGGAAUAAGAUAAGGCGUGUGACUACAAAUAAGUGAAUAAUUGCGUAUUUUUCUUUGAUUUUUCCACUGGGAUUGUUUUUCUGAAGGCAAAUAUUUGUUAGGGAAGUGACUUCAGGUGGAUAUUUUUGGUUUAGAUUGAGGGUUCCAAUGUUUCUCGUGAAGUGGAGGUGCUGAGAGAAUUGUUUUCACGUUAUUUUCCCCCUUUCAUAUGAAAAUUUCAGUAAACAAGGGGUAAAGCACGACAAAUUGAAAGGUCAAUUUUUUAAUUGUCCAUUUAUCUCGUAAACUAUCAAUUUCACAUGAAUACUUCAGAGGACUUUCUUGAAGCUUAUGCAAUUUCUGGAAAUAAAAGUUCUCUGCUGUUUUCUAAUGAAAUCGAUGGGUUUCGAGAUAAAUCGAUAAUUACAAACAUUUUCAGUUCGAAUCAUCUCAUUUUGUCACUUGGUUGCCGAUUGGUUAAUUAAUGGUGAAAUAAAUAUAGUGCCAUUGAAAUGAACUGAAGCAAUAGUUAAUUGAGCUCGAGCUCUCUUCGUUUCAUUUCAUUACUGACAUCUCGAGGUGGAAAAAGUGAUAAUCCCUGGCUUUUCGAUCCAUAGGCACUCUCCAAGGAGUCAAGAAUUGUUUUAAGGCAUUUAUCCGAGUAAUCGUUGUAAAUAUGGGAAUAAGAAUGGCCUUGUAAUCUACGACCUUGUAAAUAUUAUAUCUAGUGGCAGUUAAUGCUGAAGUAUGCAAUUAUUGAGAGCCAAUGCAGCACUUAAUAUUCAGUCCGAUAGAUUUUAACUCGUAGGAUUUAAUGGAAAUGUGUGGAAUUGUUUAGUAGUGGAGUGGAAAAACUCGUCGAAGUAUCUCCGUAAUGAGUGAUUUUAGAGGAAAAGUUGUGGGACAUUUCUCGUAGAGAAGUUCGUUGGCUACGAAAAAGUUAUCUUCAUGUUUUUCUCUGGAUUCAGUCGUUUGGGAGAUAAUUACGCUUUUAAGCGACCACAAAUCACGAACAGGUGAAAACAAACGAUUUUCAAUCUGUUGGUAAUUGUUUAAUUGUCUCGAUUCGAGUGCACUUUAUUUAUUGGGAUCACGCCGAGUUUAUUCCACCGUAGGACAGUUAUUUUUACACUGGUGCAUUACUGCGACUGUACAGAUGCAAUAGGAUUAAAAUUUUUCAAGGAAAUAAUCGAAUUUAUCAUGGAUUUCUGGUCGAAUUUGUUUAUUCCAGAACCUCGUGAACAACAAAAUAAUGAAUAAUGGUUGAUUAAUUAAUGGAAGGAAGAUCUGAAACAUAACUCGAAUUUUCAUACAAAAAACAGAGAGCUCAAGGCAAUUAAAUCUCUAUCUCGUUCUUAAAUCAUUCAAUAGCCAAGAGGUGAAGGCUGAAGUCAAUGUUUCCCAGUCAAGUUUUCGGGGAAUAUUUUGAAAUCACAGAAGGAUACCGAAAUUUUCAUCAGGACCUCUUCUGUAGAGUAGAAUGAGACCUACGAAAAAGGUUUAUACAGAAAUUCCGAUAACUCUUUCAGAUUCUGAGAUAUUCACCGAAAACUCCGAUAACUCGACUUGUGAGGUUUGUGGAAACUCGUGGAAAUCGUGAAAAUUGCGAAAAUGAUGUAUUUCUUCUGUCCUAAAAUAGAUUUCCAGGAAAACUUGAUGAUUUUUUCACCUCUUAAGCUAAUGGUUUUAUUUUCCACGGCAAUAAUGAUCUUAUUUACGUUGAGGAGAAAGUGUACGGUAUAGAGUACAUUAAUUUGAUAGUAAUAAUUAAAAUCUACGUUAGGGUAUGAUUAAGGUGAAAAAUUUGUGCAAAAAAUAUCGAACAGAUUGAAAUAAAAAAAGGGCAACCAAAAAUAACUAGGGUUGGUCAUAUCUGUGGGCAGGUGUCUAAAAUAAUUUCUCAAUUGGAAUAAAAAUGUGAGAGACUUUCAUCAGAAAUUACGCAAAAUCACGUAUUCUACGUUACGUUAAGUUACUCCUCGAUAUAAUUUACAGUAAAUGUUUAAUGAUUUAUCGCUAAUAAAGACAAAUGGCAAUUACGUAUUUUUAUCCGAUGGCAGAGUGAAUUCAAUAGUGGAAUCUCGCAGUAUUUAUGAGAAAUCGUCUCGUUUCUUUUUCAGACUCUUUCUGUAUUUAUGGUUUUAUAAAUGAGGAAUACAGGAAUAAAUGUUUUACACGCA